AUGAAGGACUCAACCGAAAAAGAGGGCAAACCAAUCUAUCCACUUUCACCUCGAAGACCGGUACCCGAUUCGAUACCUCAUCCACCAUGGUCAAAAGAUGGCGACCCCAAAUAUAAAUUCGCUGGUCGGAAUACCAUCACCAUACUUGAUAAAAAGCAACAAGAGGGCAUGCGCAAAGUUUGUCGGUUGGCGCGGGAAGUGCUUGACAUUGCGGCUCUGGAGGUCAAGCCUGGAGUAACAACGGAUCACAUUGAUGAAGUAGUACAUAAUGAAUGCGUCAAGCGAAAUUCUUACCCUUCGCCCCUCAAUUAUGUGCACUUUCCAAAAUCUGUUUGCACAUCAUUGAACGAGGUCAUAUGCCAUGGCAUACCAGACCAGAGGAUGCUACUUGAGGGGGACAUAGUCAACCUCGACGUCACGCUCUAUCACGAAGGCUUUCACGGCGAUCUGAAUGAAACGUAUUAUGUCGGACAAAAAGCAUCAGCCAAUCCAGACAAUAUACGAGUAGUUGAGACAGCAAGAGAGUGCUUGGAUGAAGCCAUCAAGAUUGUCAAACCUGGCAUGGCCUUCAAAGACCCUGGAAAUGUCAUUGAGAAGCAUGCUAAGAGCAGACAAUGUGGUGUAAUCAAGACAUACUGCGGCCAUGGAGUCAAUAUGCUCUUCCAUUGUGCACCUAAUGUACCACAUUAUGCGAAGAACAAGGCCGUGGGGAUCGCCAAGCCAGGCAUGACCUUCACCAUAGAACCUAUGAUCAGCUUAGGUUCAUACAAAGAUAAGACUUGGCCAGACGACUGGACGAGCGUCACGCAAGAUGGCUCUCGAACCGCACAAUUUGAACACACGUUACUUAUAACAGAGACUGGCUGCGAGGUAUUGACAGCUCGCAAAGAAGACUCGCCGGGAGGCGCGGUCAAAAUGCCGGAAGCUAAGAAAGCUGUAGUGAAUGGUGUACCCAAAGACAGCGCUUGA